AAAAACAAUAUGAAAACAAAUACAAAAAUGUAAAUUUAUCAGAUCCUGACUUGCUUGUGUGCAUGUGUGUGUGUGUGUGUGUGUGUGUGUGUGUGUGUUCUCUGUGGGUUGUGGUUUUGUAUGAUGUUUUACAGGUAAAACAUGACUUGUGAUUUUAUCUGAACACAUAAUAUUAGUCUCUCUCUCUAUCUCUCUCUCUCUCUCUCUGGGGAACUGAAGCAGGUGUGCUCCACAAAUCGUCUGACAGGUGAAGAUGUCUGCUAAAGCUCCAGAUGAUAAUGAUGAGGAACAGAUGAUGGAGUAUUUCAAACAGCAGGUUUUCCUCCUGAAGGAGAAAGCCAUGCUGCAGGCAUCAGUGAGGGAGGAGAAGAAGCUGUUGGUUGAAAAUGGCAAACUGAAGAAAGACAUCGAUGAUCUGAAGAAACUGCUGCACGACACACAGAGAAGGAAAGCAGUAAAGCUGCAUCAGGAGAGAGUUCUUACUUCAACAAUCGCAUCUAAAACUGCACUGCUGCAGGAAACUGCCCCCUCAUCAUCACAAACUACCCCUUCAUCCACCCGCUCCACCAGUCCCGGGUCACACACGACACGCACUCGUCAUGAGGGGCGACGAAGAAGAGAGAGGAGAGGUGCAGGUUUGGACUCUGCUGUUCUGAAGGGUUCUGAUUCUCUAGGCGCUCUGAUGCAAGAACAGAAACCGGAUGUGUCCCGUCUGGACCUGCGGGUCGGACGGAUUCUUGCAGUUCGGAAACAUCCGGAUUCAGCGUCACUGUACAUCCAGGAGGUGGAGUUAGGAGAACCUGCCCCCAGAACUGUGGUCAGCGCGCUGACCAACCACACGCCUCCAGAACAGAUGUUGGGCUGUCUGGUUGUGUUAUUGUGUAACGUGCGACCGGUGAAAGUACGAGGUGUUCAGUCACAGGCCCGCCUACUCUGUGCUGUCAAUCAAGAGCAGAUGGAACCUUUAGCCCCGCCCACUGGUGCUCAGCCGGGUGACAGAGUCACUUUCCAGAACUACCCUGGUGAACCUGAGAAAGAGUUAAAUCCAAAACACAGAAUCUGGGAGCGUUUACUGCCCGACAUGUACACAGAUGUGAAGGGCGUGGCUAUGCAUAUGGGCGUGGCUUUUGAAGUCCGUGGGAAGGGCCUCUGUCGGGCCCCGGGCAUCAGCAAUGGCACAAUUAAAUAAAUGACAAAGCUCAUCAUCAAAGUCAUGCUGUAAUUUAUUACACCAAAAUAUUGCCAAUAAAUGAUCAAAAAUGCAAAAUGUGUCGAUGUGUUUCACAUAAACAUGUUCACAAUCAAUUCAGUUUGUAGUGCACAGUAAAACAAGAGUGAUGUGUGAUGGAUGGUUCUGGGACAUCCCCGAUCUGUGUGCGCAUGCACAGGUUUAAGGUCAAUAAUCUCUGCGGCAACUCCUAUCAGAUCUAUCCACUGUCAAACAUGUACACAUGUCAACACACAAAUCAUGUGACUGUCAAAAGACAGAUUUCUGCAUGUCAAACUCUGAGACUCACUGAGGUUCAUUAUGUGGCAUUAUGGCCAUGUUCUUUUUGGGGUCUGAGACCCCUAAGACCCCUUUGCAUUGCCAGUGCCAGUAGCCUGCCAAGAUGCGAUCUUUGGGGGGCAUUUUGAUCUCACAAGAAAAAUCUAGGAGGGCAAUGCCCCCUUGGCCCCUCUUAGACCCAGCAAUGGGCAUUGCCCCCAAAGAUUUGCCUUGAACAACCUGGUCUUAGAGGUUGACCGUUUUUUACCGAUUAAUCAGUGCCGAUAGUUGCUUUUUGGAACUAUUGUUGUCAGCAAAUACCUAUGCCGAUAUUUUUAUUUUUUAAUUCCUCACCUAUCAAUGCCGUGUGGUGAAAAUUGUACAAAACAUUUCAUGUGGUUUAUGCAUUGGCUAUAAAAAGCUCAAUUUGGUAAAUGCAUGUAGAGCAUUGUAAGUAUCUGUAAUUCCAAAAUAAAAGUCCCCAGUGUAUUUCUGGCUUGUUUAUAGCUCAAAGUUCCACCUUGUACACCAAUUUUUUUCUGGUUAUUAUUGGGAUUUUGGCUGCACAAUAAACUGCUUUCAGGAUUUUAUUCACUUUACUAACUUUAUUAACCACUAUGUCUGUGCUUGUCAUUGUAAGGAAAGACUAAGAUGAAUUUUUUUAUCAUUCUAUAAAUUGAUUUAUUUUUUUUAACUAUUGACCGAUUAGAGGGCCUGGGUAUCUCAGCGAGUAUUGACGCUGACUAUCACCCCUGGAGUCGUGAGUUCGAAUCCAGGGUGUGCUGAGUGACUCCAGCCAGGUCUCCUUAGCAACCAAAUUGGCCCGGUUGCUAGGGAGGGUAGAGUCACAUGGGGUAACCUCCUCGUGGUCGCUAUAAUGUGGUUCUCGCUCUCGGUGAGGCGCGUGGUGAGUUGUGCGUGGAUGCCGCGGAGAAUAGCGUGAAGCCUCCAUACGCGCUAUGUCUCCGCGGUAACGCACUCAACAAGCCACGUAAUA